AUGACCGUGGCCGUGGCCGUCUUUGCACACAAUGUCUGGGCCCUUCCCAAUCGAACGGCGUUUGAGUUGGACACGACGAAAAUCAAAAGCGCGCGCAGCAAUACCACUGCCGUCCACGUGGAAGAAAAAUGGGCGGCACUGUGUAAACAAACCAACGUCUGUCAUCGGUGCUUUGAACACGGACUUAUCCACACCUCUGCCCCUUCCCCCGAGGGAUAUUAUCCUGGUGCUUCUCUCGUCAACGCACGCAGCUGUCGACUGGCAGCUUGUUCCUGGGCCUACUAUGGGGUCAAGCUUGAGCAGCCAGCCGCAUCCAUCUCCAGGUCAAGUGAGGAGGGGAGCGCCUUGGCCAUGGCAGCAGCGACCGUUGGUAGCAUCUCCAGGGAGGCAUCCCCCUCCAAGCUUCUGCUCACGGAAGUGCAUCAAUCACCCAGUGCAAUCCCCGAGCGGUUGUUCCACUUGUUUGGAUUCGAAUUCUCAAGCUUGCUGGCUCCCUCCAGCAGUCGGCUCUUGCAUAUCUUGCGCGCAAAACAUACGAUAUGA